AUGGAGAAAUCUGCAAUUGAUGGAAGUCAUUCAGAAAAACUAUGUCCUCAUUUUAAAAGUACCCCAGAGAAUGAACGUUUAUUGCAGCCUGCCAGUGAAAGUCAUCUCAGCUGUGGAAAGCAGGACAUCGUAAAUGAAAAGACUGAACUGGAAGCAACAUUUAAGGAACCUGAAUUGGCAACCUGUUCUGUAGAAUUAUUUUUGCCAUUAUUUAAGGAUACCGUUGAAGAGAUUAGUUUUGAAAAUGCUAAUCUUUUUGCAUUCAAUUUGAAGAUUGCUAAACAGAAGGAAAAAUUAACAAAAGAAUUAGACACUUUUAAACAUGUAAAACAAGCUUUAGAACAUCUUCUUAGAAAGACAGAAUACCAACAAGUAGAGGACAGUUUAUCCAGCAUGUUAGAGAAGCUAACUGAUAAUGAAAAUGAAAAUACUAAUCUUAAGAAGAAGCUACUUGAAAAGGAGACCUAUAUUCAAGAACUUUCUUGUUUGUUUCAGAAUGAAAAGGCAAAUGCUUUGAAAGCAAACCGUUUUUCACAAUCAGUAAAAGUAGUACAUGAACGACUACAGCUCCAAAUUCGUAAAAAGGAAGCAGAGAAUGAUAAAUUAAAAGAAUAUAUAAAGAGCUUAGAAACCAAGAUAACUGAAUGGAACUUAGAACUGAGAAAGAAUAAGCAUGAAGCUGUAGCAAUGAAAGAAUCAAGUAGGCAAAAAACUAUAGCUCUAAAAAAGGCAUCUAAAAUUUACAAACAAAGGCUUAAACACUUUACUGGAGACAUGGAAAACCUUACUUCCCAAAUUAGAGAUCGGGAAGCCAAGCUGUCCGAAACAAUUUCAGCUUCCAAUACCUGGAAAAGUCAUUAUGAGAAAAUUGUAAUAGAAAAAACUGAAUUGGAAGUUCAGAUUGAAACAAUGAAAAAGCAAAUUACUAAUCUUUUGGAAGACCUGAAGAAAGUAGAAGACGUUGGUAAAAAUUCAUGUGAAGAAAUUCUUAGAAAACUUCACUCAGUUGAAUAUGAAAAUGAAACUCUGAAUCUUGAGAAUACAAAAUUAAAGACUACCCUUGCUGCUUUGAAGGAUGAGGUUGUUUCUGUUGAAAAUGAACUCUUAGAAUUGCAAGAAGUAGAAAAACAACAGAAAGCCCUUAUUGAAGUAUAUAAAACUCAGAUACAAAAGUUGCAAGAAGCAGCUGAAAUGGUGAAAAGCAGAUGUGAAAAUUUGCUACAUGAAAAUAACCUAAUAACAAAAAACAAAAAUAAAAAGUUAGAGAAGAUGAGAGGCCAGACGGAGUCUCAUCUGAAGGAGUUAGAGCACGUCCGCGAUUCGGUGACGGCGGCGGAACGGAGGCUUCACGAGUGUCAGGAGAGUGUGCAGCACUACAGGGAGAGAUGUGCGGACAAGGUGCACACCGUUAGGGAGCUUCAGGGCCAGGUUGAUGGAAAUCAUAAUCUUCUAAAAAAGCUUUCUUUGGAAGAGGAAAAUUAUCUUAUUCAGUUGAAGUGUGAAAACCUUAAACAAAAAUUAGAACAGAUGGAUGCAGAAAAUAAAGAGCUUGAAAAGAAACUGGCAAACCAAGAAGAAUGUCUUAAGCACAGCAAUCUUAAGUUUGAAGAGAAAUCUGCAGAACAUACAGCAUUGGCCAGACAGCUGGAAGCUGCUUUAGAAGAAGGAAGACAAAAGGUUUCUGAAGAAAUAGAGAAAAUGUCAUCUAGAGAGAGGGCUUUACAGAUUAAAAUAUUAGAUCUGGAAACUGAGCUUAGAAAGAAAAAUGAAGAACAAAGUCAACUUGUUUGCAAAAUGAACAGUAAAGCACAACACCAGGAAGUAUGUUUGAAAGAAAUACAACAUAGUCUUGAAAAGUCGGAGAAUCAAAAUGAGAGUAUUAAGAAUUAUUUACAGUUUCUUAAAACUUCUUAUGUAACAAUGUUUGGAUAA